AUGGCAUCUCAGCAGCCACAGAAGGCACAGGGCCUACCCAAUCCCUACGGUCUUCCGAAUCCCUACGCUCAGAAAGGCCUUCCGAAUCCGUAUGCUUCGGCCACCAUUUCCGCUGCGCCUGUCAAGUACACAGAGGAACAGGCCAAGGCCGAGCAACAGAAGAAAGCACCUGCUUUCCAUAACCCACACAACAUCAAGCGUCCCCAGGCCAAGAAGGCUGGCCCAACCAUCAAAAAGGCCACCAUGCCUGUAGUUGCCCCGCUCUCUUCCUCGGGUCCUGGUCCGGCCAACACCCAGCAGCAUGGUAUCGACUAUUAUCGCAGCACUGUAGAGGACGACCUAUCCAUUAUGGAAGAGAAGAGGAUUCGCAACUAUGAAGAGAAGCAGAGGAAGAAAGAGCAGAAGAAGUUCAACAAGAUGUUCGGACAGUGGAACCCUCAAGCUCCCCACAAACCCGAGCGGUACUCCAACCUGCGAGCAUACAGGGCCAGUGGUGGCUAUCGGCGCAAGAAGGAAGGUUUCACUGCUUUCUUACGAGGAGCUGCUGCUCAGUACAAGUCCCGCGAUGGCAGCGAGGAGACCAACGGCUCCCGUCCGGCGUCUUCUUCCAGCUCAACGCCUGCUACGUUUGCCAAACCGUCAUUCGCCCCACCUGCAUCCUACGAAGAAAGCACUACAGUUCCCUCGUCUGACCCGUCGGAAGAAGAUGCUUAUGCCCGUCGCAUGCGUCUGUCCCAGCAACAGCCUAAUGUCGUACCGCCCCCGCCUCCGUCAGCCACAGAUGACAACCCUCCACCUCCGCCUCCACCUGCUUCGCAACCAGCACCACCGAGCUAUCAAGGUGCGACUAUAUCAGCACCCCCAGUCCGGUACGAGCGUCCCGACGUACAAAUGGAAGAUGCAGACAACGAGCCAGUCCACGACGAACGCCCUGCCAAGCGUGCUAAGAUUAGCAAGGCGGAAGCGAUGAUGGCUAAGAUGGGGUACAAAAAGGGUCAAGGUCUUGGAAAGAACAACGAUGGUGUUGUUACCCAUUUGGAAGUCAAGAAGCGCAAAGCUCCACAGGGUACGAGCACUCUUGACGACGAAAGUGGCAAGGUCAAGUCUCAACAGGUCUGGGAUGUCAGUGGUGGUAUGCGCACUCAGAAAGACGAGCCUGGCAAAUUUGGUGAAGAGUCAGCUGUUGUGGUCACUUGGGGCUGUGUGGACGGUGUCGACUGGAGCGCCAACGCCGAGCGCAAUGACGGUGGUAUUCGACAAGACAUGGGUGAAGCGUUCAGCAACAAGUUUGGUCCCGUUGAGCAUGUCCAACUAGACGAGAGCAACAAGGACGGCGUAGUUUACAUCCACUUCAAGUCUGUGCUCAGCGCUCUCAACGCCGUCAACCGGUUCGACGAAGGAUGGGAGUUCAGAGGCAGGAAGAUCACCGCCAAGUACUAUGACGAGCGCAAGUUCCACUCCGGCAUUUACGACCACUAG